AUGGCCAAAGAAGAUCUUGGACUUGAAAUCACGGAGCUGAGGUUGGGUCUGCCCGAUACGGAGCAUGUGAGUGUGGCUAACAAGAACGGUGAGAAGAAGAAUAAGAGGGUGUUCUCGGAGAUUGAUGGUGUUGGAGAUGAAAACAGCUCCUCCGGCGGCGGCGACCGCAAAAUGGAGAGCAAGAAUCAAGUGGUGGGGUGGCCUCCGGUGUGCUCGUACAGGAAGAAGAACAGUGUGAACGAAGCUUCGAAAAUGUACGUUAAGGUUAGCAUGGAUGGUGCUCCUUUCUUGCGUAAAAUGGAUCUGGGUCUGCACAAGGGAUACUCCGAUUUAGCCUUCGCUUUGGAGAAGCUCUUUGGUUGCUACGGAAUGGUGGAAGCGUUGAAGAAUGCAGAGAACAGUGAACACGUUCCCAUUUAUGAGGACAAAGAUGGUGACUGGAUGCUGGUUGGAGAUGUUCCAUGGGAAAUGUUUAUGGAGUCAUGCAAGAGGCUGAGGAUUAUGAAGAGAGCAGAUGCAAAGGGUUUCGGUUUGCAACCAAAAGGAUCUUUAAAGGGAUUCAUAGAAAGCGUGGGAAAGUGA